AUGUAUCUGUCAUCGCCCGAUGGAAGAGAAAACAGCGGAUAUAUGUUAUGGAUGAUUAAAACGAUAUCGAUACAGUUCCCAGCGAAAUACAGCUAUGCAACUGCUGAGAGACGAAUGUUGCCAUUAGUCCUGAGUUGGCUUCGACCGUCUACAAGAUGCAAGGUUGUACAGUCGAUCAGUCACUUACCUAGGCUCGCGACUGCUGCUGAUCAAGCCUAUGUAGCACUUAGUCGUGUACAAUGCAAAAUUUUACCUAAUCCUUCCCAAAAACAUCACUUACUGAAUAAGCAAUUCUUAUGGUUGUUUGUGAGCUUCUAACAAAAACGUUCGGAGAUAGAUGUGUUGAGGAGCUAGGUUAUUCUAUAUGGGCCAUCUGAAGUUAUUUGAGGUUAUACAUAUCUUGUUGGUUGAAGCUGGAACUGACCGAACUAACAGCACCACAGAAAGCCUCUUCUGAUAGAUUGGUCAACAUCUAGACACGCAAGGAGCAAACGACCAGUUCUUAAUAUACAGCGUGAUUCAGAAAGACAUCUAUGGUAGAAGGGACAUCCAAGAAUAACAAAAAAAGCCACCUAAGGUGAACCAUGAGGUAGCGGCCGCUAUAAAUAGAAAUUAUUGCACGCAGGGAUGCGCGCUUGGUCUCUGUACAGCAACAUAUCCAUCUAAGGCAGUCGACGCUAUAGACAGCAACAUACUUUAGCAAAAAUUAUAUACUGUGGGUGUUAGAGGCUUCUUCCUGAAUUGAGUUAUCUCUUACAUGCAGGCCAGAAAUCUGAAAGCUAAAGUUGGAAGUACAACAUCUAAUCUAUAUCCUGCUGAACAUGGUGGACCUCAGGGAUCUGUACUGGGACCAUUGCUGUUCAAUUUAUACGGUCCAGCAAGAAUUCCUCCUGUGGUGGGUGUAUGGCAGUCGGCGGAUAGCUCUAACGAAGGCACGAAAGGAUAACUGCACCGCAGGGAAAUCUCCGCGGACACCGCAACGUGGCCGAAACACCGAGUGGCGAGCGUCACACCUGAAGGCUGAUACGAUGCCGACGUGUUGCAGGUUGCACACUACGAGCGUUGAACUACACAUUAUUUCGGAAACAGGAAAUGAAUGGCACAUGCCGAUACGUGCAUUGUAACUGCUAUUUUGACGCGAUUCCUUUUUUGAGUGAUUUGAAUAGAUUGAUUUCGAUAUUUUCUGCCCAUUUUUAAAAAAAACAACUUUUUUUA